GUAACACAAUGAUGAAAAAUCAAUUGAGUAUUGAGAAUUAUUAAUAGGCAAAGGUACUGCCUUUUUUUUCAAACUCGUAUAAAUACGGAAUCAUUUGAUUUGAGAAUCGGCAAAUGCAUACUUCUAAUUGAUGAUAAUGAGGUAUUGGUCAUAAACUUUGCAAAUUAAUGUCUCCGGUAUUUAGCAAUCUCAUCGAUCGGAUUACAGGCGGUGAAAAUAAUCAAGUGCGGGAGGAUUCCUCAGCAUGUGGCUUUUAUUAUGGAUGGAAACAGAAGAUAUGCAAGGAAAAACAAGGUGGCUGGAAUUCAGGGUCACGCAGAAGGGUUCAACAAACUUGCUGAGACUCUCCAGUGGUGUCUGGAUCUUGGUAUCAAGGAGGUAACAGUCUACGCAUUUAGCAUUGAAAAUUUCAAGAGAAAUCAGAAAGAAGUAGACGCACUGAUUGAUCUCGCGAGGAAGAAAUUCCAAAGACUAUUAGAUGAGAGUGAUAGGUUGACGGAGAAUGGCGUACGUAUUUCAGUGAUAGGAAAUAUGUCGUUGAUACCUGAACACCUACGACAAUUGAUGGCGAAGGCUAUGCUUAUCACCAAAGAUAAUGAUAAGGCAUUUUUGAAUAUUGCAUUCGCUUAUACCUCUAGGGACGAGAUUACAGAGACAGUCAAAACGAUUGCAGAAGGUGUUAAAAAUAAUGAUAUCGACACAGCCGAUGUCACAGAGAAAUUAUUCUCGAAAUGCCUUUAUACUAGUCGAUCGUCAGACCCAGAUCUCAUCAUCAGGACUUCAGGGGAAAUUCGUUUCAGUGAUUAUCUCCUCUGGCAGAUUUCACACUCCUACGUACAUUUUUCCAACGUUCUCUGGCCAGAAUCCAGCAUAUGGGACUUACUUAUAGCAAUCUUCCAUUAUCAACGCAGUUACGCGGAUUUGGAAAGAAUGAGACUUUACCAGAAAGCUAUUGACCAACCUUGCUCAUUCCGUGCAACUACAUUUGCAAAUAAAAUAGAGAACAAUCGGCGGAAACUACUGGAGCAAUUAGCAGUCGCCAUUGCACACAUUCCUCCAAAAUCCAAAAUCAACCCAUCUUUUGUAAAUAUCAAGUGAAAUGAACAAUCUUUAAAUUAUUUUUGCUCAAACGAAUAAUAAAAAAAAAUUUAAUUUCA